UGCUGCUGCUGAGGACGACGACGACGACGACGUCACUCGGCUAGUCGCACACGCGUCGAACGUCAACACAACAAACAGGGCAACGUACAACAGUUUAUUGGAGGAUGGCGUUCGUGAAGAGCGGAUGGCUGCACAGACAAAGCACUAUCUUGCGGCGCUGGAAGAGGAACUGGUUUGACCUCUGGUCAGAUGGACGUCUGGUCUUCUAUGAUGACCAGCAGCGGCGGGACAUGGAGGACGAGAUCCACAUGAAGGUGGACUGCAUUAACAUCCGCAAUGCCAGCGCAUGUAGAGAGCUCACGCCCCCUGAAGGCAAAAGCAAAGACUCCCUCCUGCAGAUCGUCUGCCGGGACGGUCGGGUCAUCAGCAUCUGCGCAGACAGUGCAGACGAUGCUUUGGCUUGGACCAUGGCACUUCAGGACACCAGACUCAAUGCUAUUGUGCCACCGCCUCAGGUCGGUUUUGCCGAGGACGUCGUAGCAUCAGCUCCUCCACCCUAUUCUGAAUUAAACACAACUCCUCAGGUUUUCUAUCCUGAUGGAUAUGGCGGUUAUGUUCCUCAUCCUCCGCCUUAUGCCACACAGAUGGUUUACUCCGCAGAUGGCCAGCAGUAUGCAGUUGCCUACCCGUAUCAUUACCAAGGAGGAUACGCACCUGCCGUCAACAGAGUCAUAGUUCAGGAGCGCCGGCGUGACGACACAGGUGACGUAGCUCUGGGGAUGCUGGCCGGUGCUGCCACGGGAUUGGCCCUCGGCUCUCUGUUUUCUGUAUUCUAAUGUGUUUUUGUGAACCCAGCCCAACCCCACCUGACAUACAGCAAAGGAAACCCUUCCCAUGUUGUUUUAACUUAGCCUUUACGCCUCGUAAUGCACCGAUAAUGUAGCCGGGCUGGGUGAAUAUUCACUUACUUUUCUGUAUUUGUCUUUGUACCAAAGCUUAUUUACUUUUGAUUAGGCACCAACAAAUGUGUUUGCUUUGCAAAUUUAAUCUUUAGCAUACAAAGAUAUACACUAAAAUAUUUGCGGCUGGCCUUAAGAUAAGGAUUAUCAGUGAGGUUUAUAGAUCAGCCACUGUUUAGAAACACAAACUGUGGAUUGUUGAGUCUAAAAAUGGGUCAAUUUUAUACUUGCGAUGCCCUGUUGAGAAAUGACACUGGCCUUGAUGAAAUAAAUGAUAGGCAAGCAGCUUUUCCUGUUGUUUAUAAUUAGAAAUUAAACUUGUUUUCAGUGUCGUUUGCUGCUGCACAGCCAAAAUUGUGCUGAAUUAAAUAUUUUGUGACUGUUUUGGUUAAAAGGAAUAGUUCUCUCAAAAAUAAAAAUUCACUUGUCUUUUUUUUUUUUUUUUGGCAUAAAAAAAAUCAGUUUUAUUGUAGGGGAAACAGGACACGGAGAUUAUAUAUAUAUUUAUGUACACACACACAC